CACACCGGCCGCCACGUUUAGAGUACUGUACAUUCUGUAGUCUUCGAAAAAAAGACACAAAGGGUAAUUUGUAAAACAAAACAAUGAAUGUGAACGACGUAGAGAUUAAGUGACGAUUUUAUUAGCAGCAGGACAAAGUCGUCUUAGGCGAGUUUUGCAGCUUCACGGGCUAGCUUAGCUAACUAGCGGCUAACAAAGAGACCCGGAAGUUAGCUGCAAGUGUGAGUGUAACGUGUUGUGAUUGCCUGAAAAUGUGUAAAGUCCAAAUGCUGAGAGCGUUGGUGAAUCAGCGACUGACUGCGGCUGUUGAAGAAAUAUUUGUCGUGUUGGAAAGAACGAUAGCGGAGUACGAGCAGGAACUUUCUCGCACGAAAGAGGAGAACGAGCGACAACGUCAACUACUGGACGCUGUUUUCAAGAAGCACCAAGUUGUGUUACAUAGAGCAGACACCAGUGAAGAACUUCUUCCCACUGACGAGCAUGAGGAGCCACAGUCCCCCCACAUGAAAGAGGAAGAAGACGAUCCACAGCCCCCCAGGAUUAAGGAGGAAGAGGAGGAUCAUAGCAUCAGUCAGGAGGCGGCGCAUCUUGAAGGAUUGGAGACGGAGUUCCCAGUGAUUGAUGUUACUGUGAAGAGUGAAGAUGACGAAAGUGAGGAGGAGAAGAGUGAGGCGGGGCCUCCGAGUGGCAGCUGGGCUCAACACAUGACCGCAGAAGGCGGCUCACGAGCAGACAACCUCUUAGCUCCGCUAUCAGAUAGCGACGCCACAACGUCACACUCUCCCGACACUGAUGACGAAGACUCUAAAGCUGAUAUGACGCAUCACACGGAUAACGCAUGCUGGAAAUGCUCUGAGUGCGACAAAACCUUUCAUCACCGUCGUAAUCUUAAAAGACACAUGACAAUACACACCGACGACACACACUUUGAAUGUUCGCAGUGCGACAAAACCUUUAAACACCGUCGUAGUGUUAAAAGACACAUGAGAAUACACACUGAAAACACACACUUUGAAUGCUCUCAGUGCGACAAAACUUUUAAGCACCGUCGUGGUCUGGAAACGCACAUGAGGGUACACAGUGACAACACACACUUCAAAUGCUCUCAUUGUGACAAAACUUUCCUUCACAGAGGAACCCUGAACAGACAUGUGAGACAACACACAGGAGAGAAACCUUUCACCUGCUCGGUUUGUGAUAGAAGAUUCUCUCUGCUGUCAAAUUUGAAAGUACACACAACAUUGCAUGCCGGAGAGAAACCUUUUCCUUGCACGGCGUGCGGUAAAAGAUACUUCCAGAAAGCCGACUUGAAAAGACACGCAAGAAUACACACUGGAGAGAAACCUUUUCUUUGCUCAACUUGUGGGAAAGGAUUCAUUUACAAGUCACUUUUGAAAGAACAUAUCAGAAUCCACACUGGAGAGAAACCUUUUCCUUGUUCGGUGUGCGGUAAGAGGUUCCAUCAUAAAGGUAAUUUGAAAACGCACAUAAGAACGCACACCGGAGAGAAACCCUUUUCUUGCUCGGUGUGCGGUAAAAGUUUUGCUCAAAAAGCCGCUUUUAAUAGACACACAGGAAUCCACACUGGAGAGAGACCCUUUCCUUGUACUUUGUGCGGCAAAAGAUUCUUUCUCAGCGGCGAUCUAAAAAGACACACGAGAACGCACACUGGCGAAAUACCGUUAUCCUGCGCAGUGUGCGGUAAAAGUUUCUCAAGGACGAUAACUUUGAUUCGACAUACGAUGACUCACAUUAUGGAAAAUAACUUCACUUGUUCAGUAUGUGGGCAGCAAUUCGCAAAUAGCACGGACCUGACUGAACACAUACGGAGCCACACUAGCGAGAAACUGGAAAACGUUUUCUAACGUUAGAUUAGCUUUUUUUUGGACUCCAAACAGGAGAACCGAGGGACAACAGGGGAAAUUGUCACAUGGCUGUGAGACCUCUUGAAAGCUCAGUGGCUGAGUUUCAUCCCCCUCAAAUUUAAAUUGACCAAUGUUUGCACAAAAUGUCGCAUGAAAGUCCAAUUUUGGGCGUGAAGGUUUCUAGGUAGUUGAUGAAAAGUGAAUGAACAUAUAUGUACAUACAGUGUAUACAUGUGUGAGAAUCCAUUAUACAUGCACGAGUAUGACAUACAGGUAGAUGUCAAUAAAAACCUGAGCAGCAAUA